ACCACACUUCUGUCUCCAUCAUCGCCGCUGCAGAGCUGCAGGGCCAGCAAGAUGCAGUUUGAGAUGCACGACAACGUGAAAGGCAAAGCCAUGUCCUAUCCAGUGACCAGUCAGCCCCAGUGUGCCAGCAGCUGCUACCAGACCCAGCCCAGUGACUGGCACACCGGUCUCACGGACUGCUGCAACGACAUGCCCGUCUGUCUGUGCGGCACUUUCGCCCCUCUGUGCCUCGCCUGCCGCAUCUCCGACGACUUCGGCGAGUGCUGCUGCACGCCCUACCUGCCCGGAGGCCUGCACUCCCUGCGCACCGGCAUGCGCGAGCGCUACCGCAUUCAGGGCUCUGUCGGGCAAGACUGGGCGGCCCUCACUUUUUGUUUGCCCUGCGCCCUCUGUCAGAUGGCGCGGGAACUGAAGAUCCGAGGGUAAAGAAGUUCCCUCUCUCCCCUCUCCUUUCCCACCGGUCACUCCUGCCCUCCCCACGCCCCAUCCUGGGAGGUCCUGACCCUCCGCCCUAUCCCACCACCGGAAAUGCACCCACAAUAAAAACCUGAAAACCAA